GAGUCUAGCUUGCCACGACUUGAUGUCAAGGAAAGUUGUAUUGACGGUGAGCCAGGGCGCGAGGAUCGGCAUCGACGAGUGCCAGCACCAGUUCCGCAUGAGCCGCUGGAACUGCACCACCUUCGGCAACACCACGACCAUCUUCGGCGGCGUGCUGUCCGUCAAGAGCCGCGAGACGGCCUACGUGUACGCAGUGACCACGGCGGGGGUGGCCUACGCCGUGACGCGCGCCUGUUCCCGGGGCGACCUCACGGACUGCAGCUGCGACAAGCGCGUGCGCAGCAAGAAGCCGCGAGGCAACUGGCAGUGGGGCGGCUGCUCCGAGGACAUCCACUUCGGGGAGCGCUUCAGCCGCGAGUUCACGGACGUCCGGGAGAGCAGGGACACGGCGGAGGGCCUCAUGAACCUGCACAACAAUGAGGCAGGUCGCAGGUCGAUCCGGGCGCGCAUGCAGCGCGUGUGCAAGUGCCACGGCAUGUCGGGCUCGUGCAGCGUGCGCGUGUGCUGGCGCAAGCUACCGCAGUUCCGCGCCGUGGGGGACGCCCUGGCGGCGCGCUACGAGGGCGCCUCGCACGUGCGCGUCGUCGAGAAGCGGCGCCGCCGCGUCAAGAAGCUGCGCGCCGCCAGCCGCGACCUCAAGCCGCCCAACAAGACGGACCUGGUGUUCCUGGACGAGUCCCCGGACUACUGCGAGAGGAACGACACGCUGGGCAUCCUGGGCACGAGGGGCAGGCUCUGCAACCGCACCAGCCCCGGCCUGGACGGCUGCCGCCUGCUGUGCUGCGGCCGCGGCUACCAGACCCGCGUGCGAGACGUGGAGGAGAAGUGCCGCUGCCGGUUCGUGUGGUGCUGCAACGUGGUGUGCGACAUGUGCCGCUACAAGAAGGAGGAGCACGUCUGCAACUGAGCGUCGUCCCUCCUUCCUACCUUCCUUCCUCCCUCUUCCUGUCUCCCUCCGGGCGACAUGUGCCGCUGCAAGGAGGAGAUACCGUCCCUCCUUCCUUUCUUCCUCCCUCUUCGUGCCUCCCUCUGGGCGACAUGUGCCGCUACAAGGAGGAAGCGCCGUCUCUCCUUCCUUCCUUCCUCCCUCUUCCUUUCUCCCUCCGUGCGACAUGUGCCGCUACAAGGAGGAGGCGCCGUCUUUCCUACCUUCCUUCCUCCCUCUUCCUUUCUCCCUCCGUGCGACAUGUGCCGCUACAAUGAGGAAGCGCCGUCUCUCCAUCCAUCCUUUCUCCCUCUUCCUGUCUCCCUCCGUGUGACAUGUGCCGCUACAAGGAGGAUGCACCGUCUCUCCUUCCUUCCUUUCUCCCUCUUCCUUUCUCCCUCCGUGUGACAUGUGCCGCUACAAGGAGGAGGCGCCGUAUCUCCUUCCUUCCUUCCUCCCUCUUCUUUUCUCCCUCCGUGCGACAUGUGCCGCUAUAAGGAGGAGGCGCCGUCUCUCCUUCCUUCCUUUCUCCCCCCGUGCGACAUGUGCCGCUACAAGGAGGAGGCGCCGUUUCUCCUUCCUUCCUUUCUCCCUCUUCUUUUCUCCCUCCGUGCGACAUGUGCCGCUAUAAGGAGGAGGCGCCGUCUCUCCUUCCUUCCUUUCUCCCUCCGUGCGACAUGUGCUGCUACAAGGAGGAGGCGCCGUUUCUCCUUCCUUCCUUUCUCCCUCUUCUUUUCUCCCUCCGUGCGACAUGUGCCGCUAUAAGGAGGAGGCGCUGUCUCUCCUUCCUUCCUUUCUACCUCUUCCUGUCUCCCUCAUCGUUUCUCCCUCUCAUUCCUCAGCGUCCGCCUCUGGAGCAGGCUUGCUGCAUGGCUCCGUGAUGCCACAAUCAACUGUUUUAUGGAACGUUUCUGCAGCGUUGCAGAAACAUUACAGUGUCACAUCUCUGAAAAGUAUCUGAAAAGUUCUUCUCUGAAUGGGCUGCAAGCCUACCAGGUAUAGCUGCAAAAAAAAAUUUCAUGCAUUUUGCUUUGAUGCAGUGUUGCAGAAACAUUGCAAUGAUACAGCUCUGAAAAGUAUCUAAAACGUUCUACCCUGAAUGGGCUAUAAUAUUGCUGCAACAAGCUUUGAAUAUUUUUACAUUGCAGGUGUUGAACCAAAGUAAACCACAAAUAAAGCCAAUUUUAUCGAUUGCCUAAGUGUACAAACUUUGAAGUAAAAUACUGGUGGUUCCACCACUGAAAAUCUUAUAUUCCAAUUUAAUUGUCCAAAAAAAAUUUCAUGACGUACACGGUUGGCUAAUUGUUGAUGUUAUGGAAUCUAAUAGCUCUUGUAUUUAGUUUCAGUUCUGUUAAAUGUUUUUUGUUCUUGAUUAGUACUUUGUUAAAUUACAACUUUAUACAUUUAGUUAUCUUCUUAACUAAAUCACAUUUCUGUGCCAAUGUGAACAGACACAUGUGGUGUGGACUUCGUCGGCUGAUGCUGACGGUUCUGUAGCAAACCCCAAGUUAAUGAUGGCCCCAUGCGUGAAAUACAAGUAUCAUCAUAUAUUACUAUUAGUUCUUCUGAAAUACCUGUCCAAAAAUGCAAUACCGCACUCUAUGGUUUGUUUUGUAAGUCCCACGACCGGUUUUAAUAAUACAUUGUGAUUAGUUCUGGUAGAACACCCCUCAAUUUUUCACCUGUUUCUGCAUCUCAUAGACAGCAACAUUGUAAAUGGUGAUAGCACUGACAAGUACUCCCUUUAAUUGGUCCUUUUUGAUUUCACUAUUUAGAGGAACAAUCUGGUGUUUGUAAAUACCAGGGUAAUUUAACUGUUUCGGUAGCUGAUUGGUUAUUAUUUUUCUGUCACAGAUAUAUUUUUCGUCUUGUAAUACAUGCAGGAAUGUUAAAGAGUUAUAAAACGUUUUUGAACAGAAAAGUGUUUUAUUUUAAACAUAAAACUUCGAUUUUACUGAAUUAUUUACUUCUCACCGUCCUCAGUGCCACGUAUUUCUUCCUUUAUCUUUGGUUUUAUUGCUCUCACAGAAGUUCACAGAUUCUCAGUAUUUUAUCACAAUCCCAAUAAGCCCCGUUGUACUGAUACAACGAUGCGGAAACGUAAAGACGGAACUGGACUACGAAAACACAAGAUAUUUAUAUUCCGCUAUCUGCCGAUUCUACACUGCACAACACGUAACAUACAACAACCAAUGAGAUUGUUUGUAAAUUUUGUGGCCAACAUAAUCACAACAAAUUUAUUUGUGUGGGUUAAAAUUAAAAUUCUUUUGGUACGUAGUAAUACAGUAUUGUGCAGGCAUUUAUAGUUCGAUGGUGAGAAUAGAUACUGAAUCUAUAAAUAUAAUCUCGGAUAUCACGUUUACUAAACAUUAGGUCAUUUAAUUCAAACUUAUUUGAGAUACCAGGACAUAAGACAGUCAGAACUUACAUACAUUCUUAUUAUAAAUUAUGUACGUAAGAAUGUAAUUAUAGAACACUUACCGUAUGCAAAUAUUAAAGUCCUCGGAACAAUUUUUAACGUAUUUAAAAUAUUUAAAAAGCACGGCUAACGAAAGCAGAAGAGAUGGGAGUUGCCCAGCUUGCGUAGACACCACUCUUUUCCAUUUAACCUCUUUCUCUAAUAGUAAUUGAUUACGUUUAUGCCAUGCUUUCUUCACUUCAUUACACGAAACUUUAGUUGUGUUUCUUGUGCAAAAAACGACAGCUACUCCCAUAUUACAUAGAAUCUUUUUUUCUCUCAUAAAACUGAGCAAUGAUGCUUUUAUUAUGCGACAUAUUUAGAACAUUACGUUACGGAACGGCACAAUGCUAUGACGUGCAGACAUGCAACAAGCCUGUACCAGAUUUAACCUCUCUUUUGUGAUACUGAACACGCUCUCUAAGCCAAAAACUACUUAGUGUGCAUUAAUAUUGUGUGUUGUUUCGUGCGUUUGCAAUGAAUGCUUUUUGCAUUGCUACUCUGUUUUACUAACUUGCUUCCGUGUUCUAAAAGACGAGUAUUAUUUAUUUGCAUGUGUCAGUGAGUGCUUUGAACAAGUUCUCAGAGAACAUCAGUGUGUCGAUGAACAAUGAAGAAAAGAAGAUUUUGUGUGUAUUAAGACAAUGAAUUUGAAUUAAACGUGUAAAUUUGUUAAAAAAAAAUGUAUAUUUAUGUGAAAUAUUUGAGCAUUUAAACUAUAAGUCAGCAUGUGUGAAUUUACGUCACUUACAAAAUACUGAAAGUGCAUGUUUGUAUAUUACUGCAUUCCUGUAAAGUUCUCAAAUGAUAGGUUCGGAAAAUGACUUUGUAAUCUAUAAAAUUGUGCAUGUAUUUCUCGUACCGCAAUCUCAGUCGGAAUUACUCCAAAGUGAAGAGACAUAUCGCAGCAGAAACUGCAAGUAACAAUGUUUUAAAGACAACACAAUCAUUAAAAAAAUCUUAGCAAACCAUAAAUAUCAUUAUGUACAUAAAAUCCCAAAUGUAAUUUCAUUUCUUGCUACUCAGAGCUCAUUUAAAACAAUAUAUUUUAAACUGAAUGAAAGAAAAAGUAACAAAUGUUUUGCUCUGUUCUAACAUUAUUUGGAAUUAACAUUAAUAAGGAAACUUUCUUAUUGAUCAUUCAUUUUUUUUAUCGUUAGCUGCAUAUUUAACUUGUAACCAAUUCAGUUAUUCCUUUAGAAAUUGAUGGUUAGUCAAUUUUUUUUUGUUACAGAUAAAGUACCUAUGCAGCUAAUUUUAUAUGAUAAUAAACUUAUAAACUUCCUAAAAAAUUAUGCAGUUUUGUUGUUCAAGUAGGUAUACCUUCAUUAUCAAACAUUUUGAUGUCUAGAGAAUGAGUGUGUACAUUCGAACACUUCAUAAGCAAGAGCUUCCAAAUAUUAUUGGCUUGUGAUAGCAAGUAAACGUUUUAUGUGCCAAAAGAAAGAUUAGUCUUAUAAUAAAUAUUAUAGUAAUAAUUAUAUUAUACCUGUACAGAAUUGUGAGUAAAAAAAAUAAACCUUUUGCAACAUAUUACUGUAUUUGUCAGGUUUGUAACAGAAAGUUGAGAUAAAUUAAAACUGUUCAUUAGUUUAUUAUGAAUGUAAGAACAAAACCAAAUGUAAUUAAUACAAUUUUUUUCAGGUUUGUAAAAAAAAAUAUUUGCUUGAUAACUAAUGAUAUUUCAAUGAACAGUAUACUCAGAGCCUUACCAUUAUAUUCUGUCUGCAAUAGCCUGGGAUUGUACUAAUUUAUUCCGGUUGGAGUGAUUAUGUUUUCUUCUGUAGGUACCUACUGAAUCAUUCUCCAAACGAGCACAAAAAGGCAUGCUCCAAAGUACAUUAACUGACAAAAUAAAGAACAAAAUGUUGUCUUA